AAGAAGUAAAAGAGAAACCGUUAAGGAUCUGGCAGCCACUGGCCACUUUCCACCACCUCCUUUUUCUUCCAUUUUUAUGUUAAACCACCUUUUCCCUUUUCUGUUCUCCAAUUACUUCCUGUUACACCCACCAAUCGUAUAGGGUUUUCUUCUUCAAUCAAAUCAAACAGGUCACUUGUCCUUUCUAGCUUCAAUCGUCAAAUCAAUUGGUGAAUGAUCACUACUAUCACCAUCCGAUAACUUUACUGUUUCUCUGUACACUUUCGUCGUUUGUGAUGGGAAAAGUUGCGGUGGGAGCUGCGGUGAUAGGUGGGGUUGCAAUUUGUGCUGCGGCCUCACUGAUUGUGCGCCACCAUGUGCGGAGCUCGAGACGGUGGGUUAAAACGGUGGAAAUUCUUAAAGAAUUAGAAGACAAGUGUGCAACAUCCAACGCUAAGUUGAAGCAGAUAGCUGACGCCAUGACCGUUGAAAUGCAUGCUGGACUUGCUUCUGAAGGUGGUAGCAAACUCAAGAUGCUCAUCAGCUACGUUGAUAAUCUUCCCACUGGUGACGAAGAAGGCGUGUAUUACGCAUUGGAUCUCGGAGGAACAAACUUCCGGGUGUUGCGAGUGCAAUUGGCAGGGAAAUCCGGUAUCAAAUCUCAAGAGUUUGCCGAGGUUUCAAUUCCUCCACAGUUGAUGAUCGGAACUUCACAAGCCCUUUUUGAUUAUAUCGCAGCCGAACUUGCAAAAUUCGUAGCCGAUGAAGGUGACAAGUUUCAUCUUCCUCCUGGGCGACAGAGGGAGUUAGGUUUCACAUUCUCGUUUCCGGUGAUGCAAUUAUCGAUUGAUUCCGGGAGUCUCAUGCGAUGGACUAAAGGAUUCUCUAUUCACGACAUGGUCGGUCAAGAUGUAGUUGCGGAACUAACACAUGCAAUGAAACGUCAAGGUGUCGAUAUGCGUGUUUCCGCAUUGGUGAAUGAUACAGUGGGGACAUUAGCCGGGGGUAGAUACGACAAUAAAGACGUUGUUAUCGCGGUAAUCUUGGGAACUGGAUCAAAUGCAGCUUACGUGGAGCGCGCUCAGGGUAUACCAAAAUGGCACGGCCCGCCCCCUAAAUCCGGCGAGAUGGUUGUCAACAUGGAGUGGGGUAACUUCAGAUCUUCACAGCUUCCGUUAACGGAGUAUGAUAAUGCACUUGAUGUUGAAAGUUUGAACCCUAACGAACAGAUAUUUGAAAAAAUGAUUUCGGGAAUGUAUCUUGGAGAACUUCUUCGAAGAGUUUUAUAUAGAAUGGCUGAUGAGGCUGCACUUUUUGGUGUUAUAGUUCCCCAGAAACUAAAAACCCCGUUUAUUUUGAGGACACCUGAGAUGUCGGCAAUGCAUCACGACACAUCCUCCGAUCUACGAGUGGUCGGAAACAAAAUGAAAGACAUUUUAGAGAUAUCCAACACAUCCCUCAAGACACGAAGGGUUGUAGUCGAGCUUUGCAAUAUAAUCGCCACACGAGGAGCUCGUCUUGCUGCUUCCGGGAUUUUGGGAAUUUUAAAGAAAUUAGGAAGGGAUACGGUUAGAGAAGGGGAAACACCAAACACAGUCAUAGCAAUGGACGGGGGGUUAUAUGAACACUACACCGAAUACAGUAAAUGUAUGGAGAGUGCACUACAUGAACUUGUAGGUGAUAAAGUUUCAGAUACUAUUAAGCUUGUACACUCGAACGAUGGGUCAGGAAUCGGGGCGGCUCUUCUUGCCGCCUCUCAUUCUCAAUAUCUUGAGGUUGAUGGUUCGUAAGAAAAGGGAUUAAAAUAUAUAUAAUUAUUAUAGAAGUGAAAAAUGUUGCUAUGUGAAGAGACUUCUAUAGUGAAUUAAUUCUUGAAUUAUGGUAUUGUAGAAUAUGUACCAAAGGGCUAGAUUAUCUAUUAAAAUUCUGCUUGAUAAAGCAAGUUUGAUUUGAAAAA